UAAUCCUAUAUCCUAUUUUUGACAGCUUUCACGUUUGUUUUCUCCUUUUGAUUUGUAUAUCUUUCAAGUUAAAGACAGUCAGGAAGUAACGUAUUUCCGCAUAUCCUUGUUAAUGUGUUGUUAUGGCAACGGAUCUAUCUGCUAUGUGUUGUAGACUGAAGCACACAACAAACCAGCUGCUAAGAGUUCAAUUUGAUUAACUUGUCACGAGUUUUAAGGCAACCUUAAAUUAUACAGCUAUCGUUGCAUUCAUGGCCCAUUACAGAGCCUCGGAAUCGAAGCGAGAGCAAUUUAGAAGGUAUCUUGAAAAGUCUGGAGUCCUUGACACCAUAACAAGCGUUUUAGUGGCACUUUAUGAAGAGACUGAUAAGCCGAAUAACGCACUGGAUUUCAUAAAGCUUCACCUCGGAGCGGCCGGUCCGGAGCCAGCGGACGCCGAGGCUCUUCGCAUGGAGCUGUCUGAUCUACAACAGAAGUGCAACCUGCUCAUGGAGGAGAACAAAGAGCUGAGAAACAGGCUGAUGCAGUAUGAACCAUCGCCUGAGGAGGGAGCAGCAGAGUAGGAGGGAGCAGUUUGUCGUUGCUUUCAGAAAAAACAUUAUACACAAGCAUUUUUUUGUAGAGUAUGUAAAUCUUUAUUACAUAAUAAUGGAUGUACAGUGAGCACAAAAUCACUGUUAAUUUUUGUUAUAUAACAAGAAGCAGCUUUUGCUUUCUCAUAAAUAAAAAUGUUUUUUCAGCAUUCGG